AUGCAUAUUAGGAUUCAUACAGGAGAUAAACCAUUUAAAUGCAAUGAUUGUGAUUAUGCAGCGAAGUCAAAUAGUCAGCUUAAGAGACAUAUGAGUGUUCAUACAGGAGAAAAACCCUUUAAAUGCGAUGUUUGUGAUUUUACAUGUAAUGCAAGAGGUAAUCUACAGGUACAUUACAGAAGACAUACAGGAGAGAAACCAUUUAAAUGUGAUGUUUGUGGUUAUGCAUUUAUUUCAAGCAGUAAUCUAAAGAGCCAUGUGAGGACGCAUUCAAGAGAGAAACAUUUAAGUGAGAAACCUGUAAAUAUGCAGGUUAUUCAAGCUGUUAUCUCAACAGAAAUAUGA